UAUUGAUGAUGAUGAUAAUGUUGAUGAUGAUGAUGUUGAUGAUGAUGAUGAUGCUGGUGACAACAACAAUGACAAUGAUGUUAAUGAUUCAAUCAAAAGUGACCAUUCCGAUAUCAGUAGUCAUCAUACAGAUCAAGAAAAACAAGAAGAACAAUCAAAACAAAAUAAAAAGAAUCAAAAAUGUAAAUCAGAUAAAACAACAUUUUAUAGUUCUGAUACCGAUCUGGAUACUGAUGAUUGUGACAGUCAACGACGCAAACCAUCAUCCGAACAAGAUAAAAAUAGAAAACAAAAAAACAAAGACCAUGAAAAUGAAAACAAUGAAUAUAAUAAUCAAGAUAAUCAUAAUGAACCUAAUAAUGAUUCAAUAAAGAAAGAAAAUGAAAGUAACAGAGAUGAAAAUAUGGAUCAACAGAAUGAAAUUGAUGAUUUGGAUGAUAUCGAUGCUGAUGAUGAUAUCGAUGAUGUUGAUGGUGUUGAUGAAGAUGAUGAUGAUGAAUUAUGUGAUGAAUUUGGUAUUCCAUACGGUUUAAUAUCAUCUAAACAUUCAUUACAUGGAUUGAUGGGAUUGCCAUUCAAUAUGGAUGCAAAUGGAUUUUCCAAUUCAGUCUCUUUACCGGCUUCAUUGGCUGCAAAUAAUUCAUCCGCCGCACAAUUUCCACGAAUAUCUGAUAGUAUGAGUGAAUCUGAUCUAGUAGAAGGUGCUUCUAAAGAUCCGGUUCUUUAUCAAAAUCUAUUACCUAAACCAGGCAGUACUGAUAGCGCAUGGGAAACAUUGAUGGAAGUGCAAAAAGCAUCUGAAACAGUCAAAUUACAACAAUUGGUUGAUAAUAUCGAACAUAAGCUUCAAGAUCCCAAUCAAUGUAUCAUUUGUCAACGGGUUUUGAGUUGCAAAAGUGCAUUACAAAUGCAUUAUCGUACCCAUACUGGAGAAAGACCAUUCAAAUGUAAGAUAUGCGGUAGAGCAUUCACGACAAAAGGAAAUCUGAAAACACAUAUGGGUGUACAUCGAGUAAAGCCUCCAUUGCGUAUGCUGCAUCAAUGUCCAAUUUGUCAUAAACAAUUCACAAAUGCUCUGGUUUUGCAGCAGCAUAUUCGGCUACAUUCUAUAGAUCCUAAUGGAUCGAAUACUCCAGACAUCACACCUGAAAUGUUGAAUGAUUUGAAAAAUAGCAAUAUGAAUUUUCCUCGUUCAUUUUUUCCGAUGGGUUUCAAUGGUCCAUUUCCAGCAUUGCCACCAGGAGCAGCACCGGGCUUAUUCUCGCCUAAUUUUCUUUCGGAGAUGGCAGCAAAACAUUUAAACCAGAAUUCGAAUUCAUUACCAAUUAAUAUUCUUAAUCCAUCUAAUUUCCAUCAAAAUCAAUCAAAUGAAUGUUCUAGUGUUGAUCUAGCCGAGAAAGAUAAUGAUCUUGAUACCACCGAUUCAGAUACAUCAAAAGACAAAAGAAAAUCCGAUAUGGAUAUAGAUGAUAAUAGACCAAAUAAAGUUUCGACAAGCGCAGAUGAUAUUCGAUCGAUUAGUGACACGACUGAAAUCGAAGAAGAACUACUUGUAUCACCAAUAAAAAAGAAAAAAAUUGAUGAUGAAACAAAGAAAAAUGAAGAAAACACAUUGAGUGCUUUGGAGCAUCAUGUGAUGAAAUCGACUGCAGAGAUUAGUCCGCAACCAAGAUAUCAAUCGAGCAAGAAUGAAAAUGAAAUUGCUUCCAAUUCAACCCCGAAGACUGAUAUCAAUAAUGAACAACCAUCUAAAGCAGACAAUGACAGGUCUAAACCAUACCCGAAUACACCGUUCGCUGGUUUGCCUUAUCAUCCUACCGGAAGGCCAAACACCACUUGUCGAAUUUGUUUGAAAACGUUUGCUUGUUUUAGUGCAUUGGAAAUUCAUUAUCGUUCUCAUACAAAAGAAAGGCCAUUCAAAUGCGAAGUUUGCGAUCGUGGAUUUUCUACCAAAGGAAAUAUGAAACAGCAUAUGUUGACACACAAAAUUCGUGACUUACCCCAAGAAUUGUAUUCUACAAUAUCACCAUCCGAUAAUACGACUUUGGGAAAUUUUCUUACAAGUAAUAGUAUAACAAAAAUAAUUGGAAAACAAAUGAAUUUUCAACAUCACCAAAAUAAUAUGGCUACAUCGUCAAAUAAUUCAAACAGUAGUAGCCGAGUAGCAAGUCCACAUACACCGAAUGAAAAUUCAAUGGAUUCUGAUAAAUUUCGUAAUACUGAAUCUCCUGCUACCGAAUCGAGUAAUAAUACAACACCUCAUUCAUCAUCAUCAUCAUCAAAUAAACACAUGUGUAACAUCUGUAAUAAACCGUUUUCUAGUGGUUCGGCUCUACAGAUUCAUAUGAGAACACAUACCGGUGACAAACCUUUUAAAUGUCAAGUUUGUGGACGAGCAUUUACGACAAAAGGAAAUCUAAAGGUUCAUAUGGGUACGCAUAUCUAUACGCAUAGUAAUCCAUCCAGACGUGGUCGACGAAUGUCUAUUGAUUUACCAAAUUUGAAACUAUGUGAAAAUAUUAUCCAAAAUAAUUCUUCUGCAAUGUCUGAACAAUAUCAUCGAAAAAAAUCUACGACUGAAAUUCAAUCAUCUCAACCAUUAGUAUCAACAGCAACAGUACCAACAACACCUCCUACACCAACAACGGCUACUUUACCUGCUACAGAAAUGUCCGAUUCAGGAAAUCAUCCGAAUCCAGAUCCUGAUCUUUUUCUUAGAUUUUUGAAUCCUCAUUUUCUAAAUACAGCAGCCAAUUCAGAAGCAAGUCAAUUGGCAUUACAGCAAAUGAUGUUGAUGAAAAUGAUGUCAAGUCAACAUCACCAGCAACAACAACGAUCUCCAUCAUCACAGAUUCCUCUUGAAUUGACCGAAACUUCUGAUAAAACACCUUUAAAUCAUGAUGACAAAAAUAUUGAAGAUGAUAAUGAAAACCAAAGCUUUAUUGGCAAUGAAUCCAAAGAACUUAUAUGCGAACCAGAAAUCGAUCUCAAUAAUGAUAAAAAUUGUGGAAUCAAUAAUUCCACAUCUAAUCAACAUAGUGAUGAUGAUGAUGAUGAUGAUGAAGUCGAAAAAGCUUAUGAUGAAGAUGAAAUGGAAAAUCAUUCAUUUCGUUCCGAUCGAAGUCAUCAGGCUAAUGAUGAUUGGUCAAAUAAACUACUGAAAUGUACGUUAUGUAGCCAGGUAUGUCAUUCACCAACGGAUUUCGAAGAACAUAUCAAAGCACAUUUACAUGCUGCUGCUGCUGCUGCAAAUUCAAUGUCGGCUUCGAUCAAAACCACUGCUGAUGUUGCUUCGUGAUAUCAACAAUGGCAUCGAAUCAAUCAAAUUAAUCGGAUGGCCAAUGUUAUAAAACACAUUCUUUAUAAAUAAGACCAAUAGUCUUGUU